CUCCUGCAAGGAAAACUUGCUCAAACGUAGCCCUUCACUCCUCUCUUUCUUGCUUGUACAGGAGGGAAAAGUUCGUCCAAAAAGAGAGAUCUUUUGGAUCGCUUCGUCGAAGCGAAAUCCCGUGGCAUUGGAUUUGAUUAGCGAGUUGACGCAACAAUCUGUCCCAACCCUCUGUCUCUCACAUCCACCGGCUCUUCGCCUUUUCAGGGUCCGAGCUUGAUCCGCAAUUCUCUCCCUCUCUUUUCCCCUCUCUCUCUCUCUCUCCCUCUCUCUCCCUCCUUUCUUGCCCCUCCCGCCUCACAUUUCGAAGCAAAAACCAACUUGGAGCAGACGUUAUGGUUUUUUAGACAUUUCCCAUUUAGGAUUUUCCUCGUGGCAGCUCGGAAGUUCGGACGUUUGGUUCCCAUCCCUGUUCUUGUUCCAAGGCAUUGGGGGUUUCUCAGCAUAGGAGGGAAGUAGGGACGGUCAUUUGCCACCUCGAAGUUAAUUUGGGUUGCAAAUAAGGACGGAGAACUUUGGUUGAUUUUCUGGAUCAGGGUUUUUCCUCAUUCGUUUUUGCCGUAGGAUUAAGCAUUUCUUGGUUUUCGCAUUGAAGCAAUUCACCAAGGGAAAGUUGUAGAGAUUGAUAGGAAUUAAGAUCCUCUGGUUUCUUUUGGGAAUGCUGAUCGAUGACAGUCUCAAUUUUAGAAAAGAGGGGUUUCUCUCAGAACCGGUACUUUGAUUUGACGAAGAGGGCAAAUUUGAAGUGGGAUAAUGGGUUGCAUUUGCACCAAAGGAAUUCUUCCCGCCCAUUACAGGAUUAAAGACGGGGGUUUGAAGCUUAGCAAAUCUUCAAAAAGGUCUGUUGGAUCCUUAAGGAGAGAUGAACUGGCGGUUUCAGCCAAUGGUGGAGGCAACGAUGCUGCAGAUCGACUGAUAUCAAGCCCACAUGAGGUUGAGAAUGAAGUGGAGGAUAGGAAAAACGUUGAUUUCAAUGAGAAACUGUCAAAAUCCCUUCAAAGACGAGCUACAAUGGACGUGGCAAGUGGGGGACACACACAAGCACAGUUGAAAGUGGGUAAAGUAGGUGGCUUUCCCCUUGGUGAGAGAGGAGCACAAGUGGUAGCCGGAUGGCCUUCUUGGCUGACAGCAGUGGCCGGAGAAGCUAUUAACGGAUGGGUGCCUCGAAGGGCCGAUUCAUUUGAGAAGCUGGAAAAGAUUGGGCAAGGUACUUACAGCAGUGUAUAUAGAGCACGUGACCUGGAAACGGAUACAAUUGUAGCCUUGAAAAAGGUUCGAUUUGCUAAUAUGGACCCAGAGAGUGUUCGAUUCAUGGCAAGGGAGAUACUUAUCUUGCGAAAGCUUGACCAUCCAAAUGUCAUGAAGCUGGAGGGUUUGAUAACUUCAAGGGUUUCUGGCAGUCUGUAUCUUGUGUUUGAAUAUAUGGACCAUGAUCUUGCUGGCCUCGCUGCCACUCCGAGUAUAAAGCUCACUGAAUCUCAGAUCAAAUGUUACAUGCAACAACUACUUCGUGGACUUGAAUAUUGCCACAGCCAUGGUGUUCUACACCGUGACAUAAAAGGCUCUAACUUGUUAGUUGACAACAAUGGCAAUCUCAAAAUUGGAGACUUUGGAUUGGCAACUUUUUUCCGGACCAAUCAAAAGCAGCCUCUAACGAGUCGCGUAGUCACUCUCUGGUACCGACCUCCUGAGCUGUUGCUUGGUUCUUCAGAUUAUGGAGCUUCUGUGGAUUUGUGGAGUUCUGGUUGCAUCCUAGCUGAAUUGUUUGCUGGGAAGCCCAUAAUGCCUGGAAGAACAGAGGUGGAGCAAUUGCACAAAAUUUUCAAACUUUGUGGGUCUCCGUCAGAAGAAUAUUGGAAGAAGUCAAAAUUGCCACAUGCAACCAUUUUCAAGCCUCAGCAACCUUACAAGCGUUGUCUCCUGGAGACAUUUAAGGAUUUUCCUUCAUCUGCAUUGGGCCUGCUAGAUGUUCUUCUUGCAGUUGAACCAGAAUGCCGUGGAACGGCUUCCUCAGCCCUUCGGAAUGAGUUCUUCACAUCCAAUCCUCUUCCAAGUGAUCCGUCAAGUUUGCCGAAGUAUCCAUCAAGCAAGGAGUUUGAUGCCAGACUUCGAGAUGAGGAAGCCAGAAAGCGUAAAGCUACUGCUGGUAAAGCUCGUGGUCUUGAAUCAAUUAGAAAGGGUUCGAAAGAGUCUAAAGUUGUGCCUACAUCAAAUGCCAAUGCUGAUUUAAAGGCAUCCGUCCAGAAGCAACAAGAGCAAUCGAAUCCCAGAAGUAUCGGUGAGAAACCAGGAGGAAUGACCCAGAACAAUUUCAUUCUAUCUGGACAAUCAGCACAACCCAGUCUUAAUGGAUCAACACAAAUUGGAAAUGCAAAUGAGGUUGAGGCUUUGAUUGUGCCAGACCGAGAACUUGAUUCUCCAAGAGGUGGGGCCGAGUUGAGAAGGCAGAGAUCUUUCAUGCAAAGAAGAGCAUCACAGUUAUCCAGGUUUUCUAAUUCUGUUGCAGUGGGAGGUGAUUCGCAUCUCGAUUGUAGUAGGGAGAAGGGUGCUAACACCCAAUGGAGGGAUGAGGGUUUUGUUGCCAGGUGUAGUCAUCCAGAUGGUGGUGAAUUAGCGGGAAAGCAUGACUGGUCACAUCAUUUGUUACAUAGGCCGAUAUCUUUGUUUAAGAAGGGGGGAGAGCACUCCCGGAGAGAUUCCAUUGCGAGUUAUUCUCCCAGAAAGGGCCGAAUCCACUAUUCUGGACCUUUGCUUCCCUCGGGAGAUAACCUCGAUGAAAUGCUCAAGGAGCAUGAGCGGCAAAUACAAAAUGCCGUCCGGAAAGCUCGCCUUGAUAAGGUCAAGACGAAGAGAGAGUAUGCCGAUCACGGGCAGACGGAGUCACUUCUCUAUUGGGCAAAUGGUAGGUGACUAUAAGGAUGACAAGGAGUAAGUGCAUUUCUCUCUCGAAGCAAGGAGGCCCAUGAGACGGCAACAAUGUCGACAGGAAGCAGAAUUCCUAUCCAGAAGCGGUAAAAGAUAUGAUCGACACAAGCAUUUUGUGUUGGAGCCUCAGCUAAUUGUAUGUCAUCGAGUACUUUUUCGAAGCACUUGAUGAUGCUCCUUGCUUCGGACGGAUUUGGUAAAAUCAGGUGGCGGUCUUGUUUGGUGCUCCAACAAUGGAAAGGGCUGUAUAUUGUCAAUGUUUACUCUGAUUGUUGGAAGGAUUCUCUGUACAGUGAUGGCCCAUCCCUAUCUAUUCAUUGACUGUUCCCUGAUUAUGGAAAUGUUAAUACAUAAUUCGAAAUAGUAUGGCUGAAA